AUGAAAAAAAAUUCUAUUUUAACGGUUGUAGUUAUUUCUGUUAUUUGUUUUUUUAUACAACAUAUUCAAGCUAUUGAUUCAGAAGGAACAACCAAUUAUGUUGUUGAGACAACAAAUCCAACAAUUGAAAAUAUACAUACUACAAUAUCCCAUGUAACUCAAAAUACCCCAGAUCAUCAUUAUGUAGAUGUAUUUCCAACAGAUGAUUCAUUCGUACCAACACCUGAUUCAGAUAUUUCAAAAGAUUCUACACUUUUAAAUAAACACUAA